AUGGCAGAUACUACAAGUCCUGAAAACAAGGUCGCUCAGACCCCCUUGAUGGCAGCUGUGAUGCAGAAUAACGGAGACAUCCUUAAAAAGUACAUUUCGAUGACCGGGUGUAUCGACCCGGUAAAUCACAUGACCGCCCUCCAGAUCGCUGCUGCCAACGGAAAAGCUCAUGCGGUAAACGGGAUUGUCAAGGCACAGAAUCAGAACGCGUCGUCGUUGAAAAUUAUCCAGGAACUCGGCCUUCAGACAGGGCCUUACAGGCGUACCGCACUAAUGCAUGCAGCGAUUGCCAACCAAGGUAUAUGUAUUCGCCCCCUUGCAGGGGAAAUGGGCCUCAAAGACAGCUUUGGCAACACCGCCCUUAUCCUUGCUGUGAAGAACAAUUCUUACAUAUACGUGAAAGACUUUUGUGACAACCUAAAGGAGGGAUAUCUGGAGAGAUCUGAUGCAGAGAAGGAACUAGGUGCGUAUCAGAACAGCAUGACAGCUCUCAUGCAUGCCGCGGCCCUUGGACACUGCGAGAUUUUGGACCUGCUGCUUCCCUAUGAGGCGUGCCUCUGUACGAACGAUGCCAACCGGGUGUCUGCUCUGAUGGUCACCGUCAUCGCCAUGACCCGCAUCAUGCACUGCUUUGGAGGUACAGAUCAGUUUAAUAAGUUGGAUUUGAACGAUCUCUUGAACUGUCAUCCGGACGAUUUCACUAAACUGAUGCCUAGCUACCAGAGCUACAAGCCGUUUGCCUCUGCGCCAGAGCAAACGACUGAGGCGUUGGCCUCCACAAUCCUUGCAGAUAUAACAGGGCAGAACCCGACAUCCUCCACAGUUAUGUCCCCGACAGCAGCGUCUACGCCGGGAGGCUUUACGUCCUCUAGCGUCAUCAGCCCCAAUCCUAUCACUACCACCUUCCUUGUAGGCGAUCCCUCCUCUUCGACCAUUGCCAUGCAAUCUGUCCAGUCAAUACUUUCCCCCAGACAUCAGACCCCCGCGCCAGUGACGACCUAUGAUAAGCAUCCGCUUCACUAUGUUAUGAACUACAUAUCUUGCAUGCGUCAACUGAUGGUCAAGGAAGUAGGCAUGUCCUCCGCGCAUCCGACGCUCUCCUGCGCACUUUACUGUGCCGUAGUGGCCAACAACCUCAUCGCAGUCAAGAUUCUUUCCACCUUUGAGACACAGAUGACCAAUUCGAACAAGGAGUCGUCGCUUAUCCUUGCCGCCCGCCUCCAUUAUCCUCUCAUAGCCAAGGAGUUGCUGAUCCGCGAGCUGGGCCACCUUGAUAUCAAUGGCUUCACGGCUCUCAUGUACGCAGCCGUCCAAGGAGACCUUAGGAUAACGAACACAAUCGUUAGUAGCAGGGAAAUGUGUAUUCAGACCCAGAAGGGCUACUCUGCACUCAUGCUAGCUGUUAUGUCACCGCUAGCAAUGACGUACUAUAAAACUGCAGCUUCUUCGGCAGGUUCAGCAGGAUCCGUUGCCACCACAAAGCCUGGGCUAUGUGGUACUCAGGAGCAACCUGCUACGGUCAGCACUGUCGAUUCGCCGACACCGUCUCUACCUGUGGGGACGGUGAUAACAGGGAAGGAGCUAGAGACAACAGGAAUCAACACCCGCACUUCAAACCUCGAUGUUGUCCGUCUUCUGUCCUCGCCUUAUCUGAAUCGUAACCGGAAGCAGAAAUAUAUAACAUCGCUACAGAUUCCUGCAACCGUUAAAGAGAAAAUCCUUAAGCAGGCUCCUGGUGGCGAGGGCGGGCUCUACUCUGCAUCUGGAGCAACCGCAUUGAUGUAUGCAGUUGCCCGUGGCUAUACAGAUUACGUGUGCGAGCUUAAAGAAACUGAAUGCGGGCUUCAGGCCACCGGAGAGCUACACGAUCUUUUCAAUGAAAUAGAAUACAGUUCUGACAUGUCCUUCUGCCAGGAGAUGCUGGGUGGUGAAGGCGACAAUGUCUUUAUUACACCCGAAGAUGUCUGGCUGCAUAAGUACUCAUCUACUAACGACGCCACCGUCAAUAAUGAGUUUGCUAACAAGAAGAUGACCAUGAAGGCCCUGCGUGCAAAAGAGGUGAAGGAUGCCACACUUACUGCCAAAAAUAAUUACAAGAACUUCGCUACGUCUAUGAGAGAGCAGCAGAAGAAGGUUGCAAAGGAAAUUGAGGCGAAGACGGCCCAGGCUAUCAAAAAUGCCGAGAAGAUCUUCACCGCUAGUGCCUUGAUGGAGGCCAACAGCGAUGCCUCCACGAUGAAGAGCCCUAUCUCUUCUGCUGGCCACAGCAGACACGCCUCUCAUAACGGCGGAGCUUCAGACUUUCGGCGCGUGGAUUCUAAAGUCAACUUCGACGCUGCGACCAGUGCAGUGGGAUCCACUCUCGGCAUAAAUACUUCGGCCCUUGCUAUGCGAUCACGCUCAUUUUCAAAUCUUCAGGGCUUUGAGCCCACAUUCUCCGGCUUUGAUACCUUGUCAAAGUCUGGUCUGGGAGAUACCCCCGCAAAUCAGGAGGUUUCUGUUAAGGACCUCUUCUUCUCUAUCCAGAACAACCUGGGGAAGAUCAAGGACAUGUGCCUUGCUGCAUUCCAGAGUGAUGCUACCAUCUCGAAUGAGGACCAGACAAAGGUUAAGCAUAUAAUCUCUACUUGCAUGGCAUACAUCUCGGCUUUUAUUGGGACCGAUACAGACGCGUCUGUCUCUCUGGGCUUUUCAAAGCAGGCCAUUCAGAAAAUCAUUGCCAUCGGUGACGGAUGCCGCUCUCUGCAGGCAAAAAUCAACUCCACUCCAGGAAUGCAGACAACGCUGAAAGGGGUUGAGGGAAUCAUCAAUGAGACACUCACCCUUCUGAGUAAGGCCAAGACGACGUCGGCAAAGAUCAUGCUGCGAACGUACUCUGACACACAACCGGCUACGCAGUUUCAGGCCUUCUUCAGUCAUAUCGGCUUUUCUGCGCUCAUGCUGGCCGCAGAGCUCAACCAGUACGAUUGCUUUAUGCAGCUGUUUGAAGCGGAAGCAGGCCUUGUUUCAAGUAUGGGCGCCUCUGGGCUACUCAUAGCGUGCAUGCUCAACCGUGUUAAGAUAAUGGAUGAGGUUGUUUGUGGAUCGUAUGCGAUCUUCAAGCCUCAGGUGCUUUCAGAACUCAAGGCACGCCUGAAGCCAAUGAAUGCAACAGCUCUGAUGGUCGCUGCAGCUAGUAAUAACCGCCAAAUUAUAGAGAUUCUUCUAUACAACAAGGACACGCGCAAUCUGCUACUUCGUGCUUGUGACGAUGAAGGAAACACGGCCCUUCACUACGCUGUGCGAGCGAAUAGUGUUGGGGCUUGCAAACUACUGGCCCCAGAGGAGUUCGACAUCAAGAACCGCAAGGGGCUAACUCCGUAUGAGGUUGCUUGCGAGGUCGGCAGUGCCAAUUGCAUCGACAUACUCUCUGAGUAUGGUGAGACAGGCAAGCGCAUGACGCAUACGCCACUCAUGCUGGCGGCAAUCAAUAGUAGCUCCGCUACUUGCGAGGAGAUAAUCAAGACAAGUGACAAUGCAGACCUUCAGCGCAGGAAAAUUGCCAAAGAGAUCAAGAAGUCCAAGAUCUUCAAGGAUAGUGCGUUCGUGGUCCCAAAUGUGGAGUCUAUGCUUCACGAGACGAACUUGCGCGUUGUGAAGCGGCUCGAUAUGCCGGGCACGUCGCUUCCACAUCCCUCGUCCUCCUCUAUAGUACCAGGAGAUGACUCUGCGCCGUCAACCAUGGGGCCAGGCUCUCCCAGCAUCAACGUCAAAUCCAAAUUCAAGCGACAGAUUGGAAAGAUAUGUGAGUGUUGCAAGUAUACGGCACUCAUGCACGCUGUUGAGGUAGAUGCGGUCGACGUCGUACGCAUCUUGGCCCCAUACGAGUCCAGGGAGCUGUACUAUAUGACUCUUCCAGAGAUUAAGCAAGAGGCAGACUACUACACAGCGCUCAUGAUAAGCAUAUACCGGAACCAAACAGACAUAGCGCGCAUCCUCAUACCAUAUGAGGCGGGCAUGCGUAGUAGCAACAGCGGUGUUACUGCUCUCCUAGUCGCGGCUCGGAUGGGCCGAGAGUCGAUAGUUGCUGAGCUGGCUCCUCUCGAACGGAGAAUCAAUGAUAAGUUCGACGACGACUGCCUUAUUGCCGCCAUCAAGUAUCUGAGUCAAAUCGGAGAUACUUACGUCCUCGGAAGCCAGCCUAUUGUCUCUAAGAAGGAUGACACCGAAAAGCCUGUCGGGGGUACUGGAGGUGAUCUGAACUUGGAAACGGAUGACCUGUCCAUAGAGAAGAUCCUAGCAGAUCUAAAGACAAAGGUUGAUAUGAAGCCGGUCACUGAGAUUCCGUUCACUAACACCAUUAUAAUGCACUUAGCUAACAACAUUCCUUCACGGGCACACACUGUCCUUGGCCUAACACACCUGCAGUUCGCGACAAAAUUAAAGGUGACGCGCGUGGUUGAGGUCCUUGUCGAACUGGGGCAUGGUGUUCGGGUAUAUGACGAUCAGCACCAGACGGCGCUAAUGAUAGCUGCAACCAAUAAUUACAUUGACGGUGUCAAGCUACUCGCUCCCCAUGAGAAGGGGAUGCUGAACAAGCACAACGACAAUGCCCGUGUCCUCGCGAUGAAGCAAAACUACCGUGGCAUAGAAGAUAUCCUUGCUCAGUACGAGGACUUUCCGGAGCACAAACUCCAUAAUGCUAUAGUCAAAGAUGACAUUCAGGGGGCUCAGAAUAACCUGGAGUUCCUUGGGUGUAUGCACCAGGGCGAGUCGUGCUUGAUGACCGCAGCAAUGAGCGGAAAGAUAGAUAUGUUUAAUCUGCUGUAUAACGAGAGUGUAAAGAGGCUCAACUCCCCGGGACAGAAGCAGGACUUAGGACUCAGGGAUAAGCGCGGUUAUACAUGCUUUAUGCGCUUAGUAGAGCGCUGCUCGUCUUUACCGGCUAGUGACACAUCUAUCUUCACGUACCUCGAUUUCAUGAAGAAGCUUUUUACUGUCCGCGUUGAGCUUGGCGUGUCCUUGCAGCAAAACGUGGCGCAGCGAAUGCCAGGUGAUAAGUAUCUCGGAAUGACCGCUUUUCUCAUGGCGUGUGCUAUGAACUGCAUUGGAGUUGUCAAGCUCAUUAUGGAGGCGGCGGGGGAGACAGGCUCUAGUAACAAGGAGCUCUUUGAGUUGGAGGUGAAAAGCCGUGUUGAGGGCGGCAUGAACGAUUACGCCUUCAUGGUUGCAGUGAAAAACGGCUCUGGUGACGUUUUCGACUAUCUUGUUUCUUCUCCUACCUAUGUGCGUUAUGCACUUCCUUCGUCUGCUAACAUCUUGAAGAUUCUCAUUGACAUGGACAGCGUAGAGCAGUUCAAGCGCACAUAUCCUGUGUUGACAGGGAAGUUUUCUGACAUGUACAGCGACGCGCUGGUGCGGGAGUAUGCUAAAUCUGUUGGAAAGGAGGGAACAUUCUUUGAUGGCAUCCCUGUCUGUGAUCCAACCAAUCGUAGCUCUAACAUUUGUGAUUCCGUUCCUCCUGUUCAGGCGCCGUCAGCGAAGGAGCAGGAGGCUGAUAGCAUUCUUUCUCCGUAG